AAUAUUGGCCAACUGCUAGAAUUGUUUUUUCUGAGGUUUUAUGUGGGACAGAUUAAUGAGAUUUGUGACGUCCCCUCCUCAUUGGAAAUUUAUUUUAAUAUCAGUUGUGUCUUGAUUCCCAGAGUAUCCGCACGGAAUUGGGGAGCCGAGCUCUUGGCCCCAAAAUCCCCAUAGAAUGUCGUUGAGUGAUCCGCGCGUGAGUGGACGGAAGAGGCUACUGUCCGGAUUGAGCCGGAAGGGGCUGCACCCGAAGUGCGAAGAAGAGAAGUACCAUCGCUCUCCCACUGGAAGGGAAAAGAUGCUGCCGUCUACGAGGCCCCAUGUCGAUGGAUGUGACCCCACGGGCUCCGUGAGCAAAGGAAAACCCUUUCACUGCCGAGCCAAUGGCAGAAGAAGGGCAGAAGUGAGUACCCAAAGAUGGAAGAAGCUUCUACACUGCAACAUUCGUCGUGGGAGACGAAUUCUGCGUGCUGUGCGUCGCGAGACCGACGGUUGUGAAGAUGCCCUCCACCGAGAUGAGCUUCAGGAGAACACCGAGUGGAGGACAUGGAUUCCCUUUCGGGGAUGGGGAAAGUCCUCAAGCCUGGUGCCGAAGGAUGAGCAUCAGGAGAACACCAAGUGGAAGACAUGGAUCCCCUCUCGGGACUGGGGAAAGCAGCAUCCAGAGAACACCAAGUGGCUGACAUGGAUUCCCUCCCGGGAAUGGGGAAAGUCCUCAAGCCAGAUGCCGAUGGAUGUCAAUGGGACGUGGCGUGCGAGGACACUCGCAGAAGAGACAGGAAUCAGCGAAAACCUGUAUCAAAGUAUCCGCACGGAAUUGGGGAGCCGAGCUCUUGGCCCCAAAAUCCCCAUAGAAUGUCGUUGAGUGAUCCGCGCGUGAGUGGACGGAAGAGGCUACUGUCCGGAUUGAGCCGGAAGGGGCUGCACCCGAAGUGCGAAGAAGAGAAGUACCAUCGCUCUCCCACUGGAAGGGAAAAGAUGCUGCCGUCUACGAGGCCCCAUGUCGAUGGAUGUGACCCCACGGGCUCCGUGAGCAAAGGAAAACCCUUUCACUGCCGAGCCAAUGGCAGAAGAAGGGCAGAAGUGAGUACCCAAAGAUGGAAGAAGCUUCUACACUGCAACAUUCGUCGUGGGAGACGAAUUCUGCGUGCUGUGCGUCGCGAGACCGACGGUUGUGAAGAUGCCCUCCACCGAGAUGAGCUUCAGGAGAACACCGAGUGGAGGACAUGGAUUCCCUUUCGGGGAUGGGGAAAGUCCUCAAGCCUGGUGCCGAAGGAUGAGCAUCAGGAGAACACCAAGUGGAAGACAUGGAUCCCCUCUCGGGACUGGGGAAAGCAGCAUCCAGAGAACACCAAGUGGCUGACAUGGAUUCCCUCCCGGGAAUGGGGAAAGUCCUCAAGCCAGAUGCCGAUGGAUGUCAAUGGGACGUGGCGUGCGAGGACACUCGCAGAAGAGACAGGAAUCAGCGAAAACCUGUAUCAAGUAACUAUGUUUCAUGUUUAACAAUUCUCGUCGAAUGACGAGUGGCGCCCAACAUAAAAGUCAUUUAAAGUAACUUGUAAAAUUCUAAAUUUCAAUCCUUGCUUUUCUUUUUCUUAAAUAAUUUAAAUUAAAGUUGCCUACUUGUGGAUAAAAGAAAUGGUUUAAUUCUUGCCAAUUUUAAUCAUGAAAAUUGAAAGUCCCAAAUAAAAUUCCGUAGUGCAAAAGUAAAAAGAAAA